GGGCGAGGACACUCGUGUUAUGACUGGUGCUUGGCUGUGGGACAAACUUCCAGAGGCCUCGCUAUUUUUCCCCCUCUUUUUCUGUCUCCUUCGUCGGUUUUCUGUGAGGAACAAAAUGUCUCCAUCUUGACGUGGAUCAGUCAAAGAGACCAGCAGCUGACAUUAAAUCAACACUGGAGGAUUGAUUUCAACUUCAGCAAACCACAAACGUGUCAUUGUGCGCGUUUGCAAAAUAGGAAUUGGGAAAUUUUGUCGAGGACAACGCAGUUAUGAUGCACCCCUGAAGACAUCUUGAUCGCAUGGGCUCCUAUACUGUGCUGACCCAAUGGUUUAAUCACCAGGACUAAAAAUGAGCAUAAGCAGUGAUGAGGUCAAUUUCCUGGUUUACAGAUAUCUGCAAGAGUCAGGCUUCUCUCACUCUGCAUUCACCUUUGGCAUAGAGAGCCACAUAAGCCAGUCCAACAUCAAUGGAGCCCUGGUGCCCCCUGCUGCCCUCAUAUCCAUCAUCCAGAAGGGCCUGCAGUAUGUGGAGGCUGAAGUCAGCAUAAAUGAGGAUGGAACCUUAUUUGACGGCCGGCCCAUCGAAUCUCUGUCUCUGAUCGAUGCCGUGAUGCCAGAUGUUGUCCAGACCAGACAGCAGGCCUAUAGAGACAAGCUGGCCCAGCAGCAGCAGGUGGCGGCAGGCAGUGCCAGCAGCACAGGACCCCAGGGAAGCACCAAAAAUGGGGAGGGCACUGCCAAUGGGGAGGAAAAUGGAUCUCAUGCCUUAGCCAAUUACCACUCUGAGAUAAUGGAGGUGGACAGAGACGUGGAAAUCCCUCAAAGUAAAGCAAUGGUCCUGAGAGGCCAUGAGUCGGAAGUUUUCAUCUGUGCCUGGAACCCAGUGAACGACCUCCUCGCCUCUGGGUCUGGAGACUCAACAGCACGAAUCUGGAACCUAAGUGAGAACAGCACAGGCGGAUCCACCCAGCUGGUUCUGAGACACUGCAUACGGGAAGGGGGCCAGGACGUACCCAGCAACAAAGACGUCACCUCACUAGACUGGAAUAGUGAGGGAACGUUGCUAGCGACAGGCUCAUAUGACGGCUUUGCUAGAAUAUGGACAAAAGAUGGUAACCUUGCGAGCACUUUGGGUCAACAUAAAGGUCCUAUAUUUGCACUCAAGUGGAAUAAGAAAGGAAACUUCAUCCUCAGUGCUGGUGUAGACAAGACAACAAUUAUCUGGGACGCACACACAGGAGAGGCAAAGCAACAGUUCCCUUUCCACUCAGCACCUGCUCUAGACGUAGACUGGCAGAGCAACAGCGCAUUUGCCUCCUGUAGCACAGACAUGUGCAUCCAUGUGUGUAAGCUGGGUCAGGACAGACCUGUCAAGACCUUCCAGGGACACACGAAUGAAGUCAACGCCAUAAAGUGGGAUCCAACGGGCAGCUUACUGGCUUCCUGCUCCGAUGACAUGACACUUAAGAUCUGGAGCAUGAAACAGGACUUGUGUGUCCAUGACCUCCAGGCUCACAAUAAAGAAAUCUACACAAUCAAGUGGAGCCCCACAGGCCCCGGGACCAACAACCCAAGUGCCAACCUCAUGUUGGCCAGUGCAUCAUUUGACUCAACAGUGCGUCUAUGGGACGUAGAGCGCGGGGUGUGUAUCCACACACUGACCCGCCACCAGGAGCCUGUCUACAGUGUGGCCUUCAGCCCUGAUGGCAGGCACCUCGCCAGUGGUUCCUUUGACAAGUGUGUCCACAUCUGGAACACUCAGACGGGUGCUUUAGUCCACAGCUACAGGGGGACAGGAGGGAUCUUUGAGGUAUGCUGGAACGCCACAGGGGACAAAGUAGGAGCCAGUGCAUCAGAUGGAUCGGUUUGUGUAUUAGACCUGAGGAAAUGACACUCAUCAGUGGGAGCCAUGGACCGACUACGAAUGUGUAAAUAGCCAAAAUGACUGACUGUCCCUGCCUGUCCGGCACACUGCUGUAGUCCCAUCAGAUGCAAUGGCUCGCCAUUACAGGACUCUCUCCCUCCUCACCUCACAUCCCUCUGAUGUACACACAAGGACCCGACCUUUGCCACACACAGUUCUUAAAGGUCUGUUUGCACACUUGCAUUUCUCUCCCAGAGCUGCUGGAAGAAACACGCCGUCACUCAGUAUAACCUCGUCGGGCUCAUCACACACAAACCAAAACCACCCGGAUUAUUUUCACGUUCCUCUUUUUAUCCUUUUUAAAGAUCAAUUUGUUUUUCGUAUGCAUAUUGCAUAUGCCAGCGUCCAGUGUCCUGUGGACAUUGUCGUGUUGAAUUUGGAUUUUAUCUCUCUCUAGGUUUUAUAUUACAUGGGGGUGGGGUGGGAAAGAAGGGUGGGGUGGGGGGUGUGGCUUGUUUUGUAAUGGAUGUUCUGUGAGUGAUCAUCUUUUUCAGUCUGUAAUGUUCACAAAUGCAAAUGUAUAGCUCAGAAAAUGGAAGUGGUUGAUCAUUUUGACGACCAUGUUUGUUCCCCCGUUCUUUGUUUGUUUGUUACAAAGUCUAAAGCUGUAAAUCAAAGAGUAAACUCACCUUUUGUUCCUGCAACUUUUAUCCUGAGACAUGAUUUUUCAGGUGUGAAUUCAUCCGGGUAAUGUCAAGCUCUGACGAAUUCAAAGCCUCUGUAGCUGUAACGCCACGUUUGAUAUCAUGUUCCACUGCAGUAAAAGUGCAGACAGCUUCAGGCUCCCGUCACUGAAACUGAGCUGGUCCUAGACCAGCUGUGCACUUGUGUCACCAGUGAGGUAACGGGACACAGUGGAAGCUCUGCUUUCUGGUGUCUUUGCGGUGUAUGGGAUGUGUGGGGAACGAGAGAUGGAGGAAAAACAAGUCUGCUUUAAUACAUUUGACAUGAAUAAUUAAUAGUCAUAUUUGUGCUUGUUAUGAUAAUCACAACAUGAUUAGACGGACUAAGGUCCGUUUUAAUCAGGUUCCAUUUCCCCCUUUUUAGUCAUUAAACAGGCAAACAUCUGGAUUAUCACUUCCUCUGGAAGCACAGGGUUUUUCGAGUGCACCUUUUGUAAACAUGAGUCAGCAUUUGAGAGUGAACCGGCGAUUCUGGAUUUCAUAUCGGUUUGUCUCGUUAAGCAGUCCAUCAGCUUUUAUUCUGUAAUGUGUGUAGUUUUCAGUUUCCCGUGGUGACCAGAGUAGACACUACAGCUGUUUGUUAGCUGUUGGCAGGCAGUUGUUGCCCAGCAUUAAUACACACACACACACACACACACACACACUCUCUGGAGACGGGCUGUGUUCAGGCCUAUGCACAGAUAUGCACAGAUUGCUUUUGUUUGUAGUGUUCAGAGUUGCUGUUAAAAAGCAGACUUGGGGCAUAAGACUUGAUGUAACAUGGUUAUCUGCAUAUAAUAUAUAUAUAUAUAUAUAUAUACAUAUAUAAAUAUAAGUAUAUGUGCUGUCAAAGGGGAAUCUCUUGUUUGCCACUCAUUUGUACAUUUUUGAAGACGCUUGAAGUACAAGAUGUGAUGAUGGCGUGCAUCACCAGAGGUUGUGACCAUGAGGAAUGUUUUUGUUUUUUGUUUUUUUUAAAUAAAAUACCAUUUAACAGUCAUAGUGAUUCAAAAGAGCUGCCCCCCCCCCCCAUACUCGAGGCUGACACUGGAGAAACGGGGAGAUGUGUUUUAUCCAAAUCAUCACAGACACGGAGGCUAAAAUACAAAACGCUCUUAAAGAUGACUCAGAGUGUGUGCCGUGUUUCAGCGGGGAAAGGACUGAUAGAAACGGGUCAGCUGCACGCCAUUCCAGUUUUCAUCUCACCGCCACGGCGACCGUCUUAACGGCAUAAGCUACACAGACACACGUUGUCGGACUUGUCGCAGGUUUUGUCACAAAUGUUACUAAAAUUGUAAUGAAGCGUAAUACUCUUUGGAAGUUUGUUUUAAUGCAGUCUGCAGUGAUUGGACUGUAUCACUGUACACUAUCUGAAUUGAUGUCCAUGACAGUGGAAUGGUAUUUUAUAAAGGCUAGUUUUUAGAUAAGCUUUUUACACUGCAUUCAAACGUGUUUGCUAUGUUUGUUUGUUUUUUGUUCCUACCGAUCGUACUAAUGUCAAAUUAUCUUUGCUAUGUCGGAGAGCCCUUGAAGGUUUUGUACCUCUCAAAACUUUUGUAAUUCUGAUUUAUUUGUAGCCAUCCACUUAAAAUGAACAAAAAUACAUACAAUUUGGAUUGAACUGUUGACGUCUAACACAGAACAUGUAAAUACCAAUUUGCAGGAUUAUUUUUUGUUUUGUUUGUGUUGUCUUUGCCCUCACAUAUGUUGUACUCUCUCUCUCACUCACAGGGUUGCAGUCUGCAGCCUCCUGAUCUGACUGUUGUAAUAUCACUCAGAUCACAAGGUCUAGAAUAAAAUCUAUUUUGAUAAUA